UAAACGCUCGGCUGUGUAACGUCGUUCCACAUCGUUCAUUAUAAAUGCAGAUUUAUUAAAAUAUAAAUAUAUGUAUACAUUUAUUUACAAACAGCACAAUGGAAGACCAGCAAGGACGAGACUCGGGGCACCAGGAACUGACGAUCCACACUCCCUCUCACCCCCUGCCUGUUGAAAUCCAGCAGAUGGAGGCGGCGGAGACGAGCUGCUGUUACUGCGGCGUGAGCUACCUGAUCCUGCACGAGUUCCAGCGUCUGCAGGAGCACCUGAGGGAGGUGGAGAGGGAGCUGGAGCUGGAGCGGGGGAGCGUGGAGAGAGAGAGGGAGACCAGGAGAGAGCUGCAGAGCGCACGCGUUCAGCUCCGAGAGCUCAGAGCGGCUCAGCAGCUCCACCAGGAGAGACUCGAGGCUCUGGAACUGCAGGCCUCCCUGACCGCCCGCGAGCUGCAGGACGCCCAAACGGAACGCGCCACACUGCGAGCCGAGCUGGACGAGGAACUCGGCCACGGCACGAGACUCAGGACCGUAUGUAAGAGACAGCGCGGCGCUCUGAGAGACGCCCGGACGUUGCUGCAGUCCUGCGCCGCCGAGCUGCACGCCGUGAAACGGGAGAUCUCGCCGAUAUCACGGCACUGGGACGCCAGCAGGGCGGCGAUACUGCAGCACUCUUCCGCUGCACGGUCAGAGUGCGCUGGUCUUCGGGAGAAGGUGGUCCAGGAUGAGGUGGAGCGGGUCCGGCUGCAGCAGGAGGUUCAGGAACUUCAGGGACGCCUAAACACCAGCCAGCUGAAGAUCCGAGAGCUGGAGGGGCGCGUUCAGAACCAGGAGCUUCUGCAGAGACAGAACCAGCGAGACCAGUUACACAUCCAGGAGCUGCAGCAGGAGGUGGAGGCGCUGCAGGAGGCGCUGCAGGAGGAGGUGCAGAGGAGUCGCAGUGACCGGGAGCGUGUGGAGGAACUGCUGCAGACCAAGCAGAAGGAGGAAGAGGAGCGCAACUCUGAGCAUCGGCUGCUGAGCGACCAGCAGAGCGCCACCAUACACAGUUUGUCCCGGGACCUGAAGGAAAAGGAGGAAAGCUGGUUGUCAGGCCAACAGCGAUGCCAGUUCCUGCAGCAGCAACUGCUGACGUGGCAACAGAAGGAGGCGGAGACGAGGCGGGAACUGGAAGGAGCGCUGCAGGAGGGUCAAAAGUUUAGAGACGAGAGGGAGGCGCUACAGCGUGCACAGGAGGAGGAGCUGCAGGAGCAGGAGAGCACGUUCAGAAGAAGACUGGAGCUCAGCCAGGUGGAAAACGCACAGGUAACGCUAAAGUCUGAGAAGGUUGAGAUGAUGAAGCUGUUGGAGCAGAGCGAGUGUGAGCUGAGGAGAGAUUUCACUCUGGAGCUCGACAUCCAGAGACAGAAGAACCAGCAACUGGUCGACCAGUACCAGUCCCAAUACCAAACACUACAGGACCAGCUGCCGGCUCUGGUGGCCUCGGCCGCGCAGGAGCUGAGAGACGAGGUGUCGGAGCUGGAGGCUCGGCUGAGAGUGCGGGAGGUGGAUUUGCAGCGUGUACGAGAGGAGAGAUCACACCUGGAGAAGCAGCAUCAGGGUACGACGCUGGAACUGGAGAAGCUUCUCAGAGACGUCCGGCAACUCGGGGAGGAGAACAGCGGUCUGACCGACGAGAACGCUCUGCUGCAGGAAACAGUGAGGCGCGAGUGUGAGGAGCGGGCAGAGCUAACGGCCGCCCUUUCACUGGCGAGAGAGCGGCUGCUGGGCAUCGGACAGGCACCGUCGGGCCCCUUGGACUCCCACCGAUCCGUCCGAUCCUCCCUGCCUAGCCUGACCCCCUCACACGCCCGGGACUCCACCGGUGGAGGGAGGAGCGCGGCGUCCUGGCACGAUUCCUCGCGGCAGAAGCUGCCCGCUCUGCCCAGACUCGACUCUGAGAGAGCGACCUCGGUCAGCGGGCCACGCCAACGCGUCAAUGGAGAAGCGAGCGUGACAACUAAUCCCAAACCACCCACACGUUUAAACCCUCCCCCCUCCCUCAGUACACACAUGCACUCAUGAACACACACGUAUGACGGCAGUGCAGCCUCCCACGUGGUCUUUCAUACACGCAGUCCUCCCUCCCUCCCUCCCUCCCCCAGACACACGCGAGUACAGAACAGGGAGUGUAGAGGUCCAUCUCACGCACGCUUAGCCUAGCAUCUCUUACAUCCGCUUACAUCGCUCACCAUCUCUGAACUCUCACGCGCGUUCCUCGGGGACCGCCGCCACCAGUACGUCCACCUCUGCUGGCCUGCUACAUUAAGCAUACUGUACUUUAUUAUGUUAAAGGUGUUUAUAUUUGCUUUUUAUAUUAAACUGUUCCACACAUGAA